UAAAAGUUGGUUUAUAGACUGUUAUAAUUACAAACAGUGGAUUACAUAUGAAAACAACCUUGAAAAAAGGGAAAAAAUAAAGUAUUAAAAAAAAAAAAAAAGCAACUUGCACUGAAGGCAUUCAAAGUUGCAUCAUUGCGCAACACGGAGACGAGUUGCCGAGCUGGGGACGCAUCAGUUCAAAUCCUCCCUCCUCCUUUUGGCUCCUUGUGACUGGUCGCUGGUGGUGUCAGUCAGGAGGAGGGGUGCCCACCUAAUUUCUAUAUGCCUCCUGGAUGUCAAUUGAAGAGUCAGAUUGCCUUCUCUAGCGUCGCUGUCAGCAGCAGCAGCAGCAGCAGCCUCACUAACUGGACGUCCACAGCCAGUCUGGGAUCUGGAACUGAAAUCAGAGGAGACGCUGGAGACGCGCGUCUACCUGAAGCUUGUUGGAUAUUGCUGCAUCCGCACACUUCAGUCUAGUGGUAUUUUUUUUGCUUCUGAAGUGUGUGUUAAAAACUUUAAAGAAGACUUUGCAAGUUUGGAGUUCCAUGUAGUAUAGUGCGCAUGUGGUUUAUCAUCUGAACGAAGCAGGACUAUUUCUCUGGGAAGCUUCUUUUUUUUUCUUUAUUUUAAACAUGUUCAGCAUGUGCUCCGUUGUGUUACUGAAUGUCAUUUUUCUGGUACGGGCACUCUCGGCUCACGAGUGCACGCCGUGUAAUCUCCGGACUUGUACCGUCAAAGUACCCUCGCACGGCUGCGAGGGUGGCCGGAGGACCUUGGCCAGAGAUCCGUGCGGAUGCUGCGAGCAGUGCGCCCGGCUGGAGUGGGAGCCCUGCGGCGGACAGGACUGGACGCACGGCUACUGCGCUCUGGGGCUGACCUGCGCCUCUGUUAACAACACUGGAGCAGCCCAAAUACCACAAACUGGAGUAUGUAAAGUGCUCCCUGAGCAUCCAGAGGCCGGCCUGGUGGACGAGCGCUGUCCCCUGAUGACAGGCUGCGACAGAGCCGGAGGUCAGUGCGUGUGCGAUGCCCGUCACUCCUGCUUGGGCUCUUUCACCUACCCAGACCAAGAAACCUGCAUGAAGGCCAGCAAGUCAGAGGGCCGAAGGCACGAGCACCGGGACAGACACAGAGAGAAGUAUGUGGGGCCAUCCAACCCGGCCUGCAUGUUCUCUGGGUGUAACCUGACCACCGAGGGCUGUGUGUGUGAGUCUCAGAGCUGCCACCACCACUUCGCCUACAUCAACCGCAGCCAGUGCCAGGAAGCCGCAGAGGAGCUGAGGUGUGCUGGGGCGACGUGUCCCGCUCUGCAGGUGCCCUCCUGCCCCGAGGGUUCUGUCCUGACCAAGAGUUACACGCCCCCUGCUGGUUGCUGCCCCUCCAUACCGCCCCAGUGCACUUGCGACCUCCGUGACUGCCACAAGCCCCAGUGCCCGAGCGGACAGCGCGCUGUUUCGCUCAGCCAGGCCAGCGGUCAGCCAGGAGACUGCUGUGACGUCUUCGAGUGCCAGAAAGUGACCAGAAAAUGUGUCCACAAUGGGAAGGAGUUCUCCGAGGGAGAGGUCUACCGCAUGGACCCCUGCUGGCUGUGUCAGUGCCGGGGAGGAAUCUCCUUCUGCUCCAAGGCAGAGUGCGCUGAGCUGGACUGUGAAAACUUCUACAUUCCUGAGGGCGAGUGUUGCCCCGUCUGCAUAGAUGUGGAGUUACUGUCGAUGGACAGCACUAAGGCCAGUUGCUGGGUGAAUAACAAGCUGCGAGCCCACGAGGAGCAGUGGAAAGAGGACGACUGCACCUUCUGCCAGUGUGUGGAUGGAGAACCGCACUGCACGGCCAUGGCCUGCAAACAGAGCUGCCAAUACCCGGUCAAGAUCCCCGGAGAGUGCUGUCCCUUCUGUGAAGAGCCUUCUUACGAAACAGUUAGCCCCAUGCUGUGCCCUCCCCUGGAAAACUGCUCGCUGUCAGGGAACGAAUGCCCAUACGGCUUCCAGCAAGACAAGAAUGGAUGUCUGCUCUGCCAAUGUCUCAACAAUGACUCCUGCCCUGACCUGGGAAAAUACUGUUCCCUGCAAUGCCCGAUGGGGUACAAGGAUUAUUUUGACUGCGAGGUGUGCGAGUGCAGCAUCCCCGUGCCCAAGUGCCGACCUUUGACCUGCACUAAGACCUGCCCCUAUGGAUAUGUGAGGAACAAGCACGGCUGUGAGAUGUGUCGCUGCGUCAAGUGUCCACCCUUCACCUGCGACAAGCACUGCAGCGGCUAUCGGCAGAACAGGAAGAGCUGCUCCAUCUGCAUGUGUAAAGAAAGUGGCCAUGUCCCAAGCACCACUGCACAGGCCUCGAUGCCCAGCUAUUGCCUCACCUCCAACCGGGCAAAACGCUACGAGGAAGGUGACGGUUGGCACGACGGCUGUCGUGACUGCUACUGCCAUUCCGGACGGGAUAUGUGUGUGCUCAUAUCCUGCCCUGUGCCCAGCUGUUCUAAUCCAGUUGUGAGGCCCAACCAGUGUUGUCCCACGUGUGAAGAUGAGUCAGGCAGCGGUCAGAUGGAGGGGAUGGACAUGGUGGUGUGCAGAGCGCCCGGGGGGGAGUUUUACGUGGAGGGGGAGACCUGGAACCUGGACGAGUGCACGCGGUGCACCUGCAGGAAGGGACGCGUCCUGUGCGACACCGAAGUGUCCCCGGCUCUCUGCCAGACACCGAUCAGGAAACAAGGGACAACCUGUUGCCAUGUAUUGCCAGAGGAGACACUAAGCCCCUUGCUGCCGGUGAACAACAGCCAGCAGGAGUACUGCAUCACCAGCGACGGAGACGUGCUGCUGGCCGGUGACUCCUGGAAGGCCAACGCCUGCACCAGCUGCACCUGCAACAACGGCACCAUUCAGUGUUUCUCUCAGCGCUGUCCGGCCGCCAACUGCAGGGUGCCCGUCUUACGCAAGGGCCAGUGCUGCCCACCUGUCUUGGUGAAAAUUACGACGUCAAUGCCGGUGAUGGUGGCCACCACGCCCCCAAGAAAAAACGGCCACUGUUACAGUGGAGAGUGCAAUUGGUGGAUCACCACCGUCACAGGACCGCCUGUCAUCGCUGAAACAGAUGAGCCAGCUUUGGUGAGAAUUACCCCAGCCAACAGAAUGGCCAUCAUCUACCAAUCUGCAGCCUGGAUCCUGGCAGGUCUCCUCCUGGCCAUCAUCAUCUUCCUCGUCGUGGCGUUGCUCAUCAACAAGAAGAAGAAGUGGGUGCAGAUGUCGUGCUACAGUUGCACCAAAGAAACUGUGAUCCUAAAGAAGCAUGUGAACAAGAACUCGGUGGUCUACAUGGAGCCCUCCAAGGAGAACAAAUUUCAGAAUGUAUAGAAGAACGACUGCGGCAUCAUCCAUUUCUCGCCAGAAAUGAGCUCUAGCUGCGCGGACAAGAUGACCAUGCCCAGGGCCAAAGCUGAGUGCAUGGGCAAUGACUGGACGCCGCGCUUAAAGAAAACUCAAACUCUGCAGAUCACAGCUGUCCGGCACCUCCCACUCUCUCUUAACUGCUGUAUCCAUGGUGAUUAGUGCAACAGUGCACACACACACACCUUGGUCGCCGCUGCCUUGUUCCCACCCUUCUGCCUGAGGAUGCUCUACAAGAGACAAAGACCUCGGUUUCUUUUAAUAUGUGUCCAUAUUCUUCUUUGUGAUGGAGUGAGACGCUGGGAGGUGGACGGACGGGUGGACACAUAAAGGACACACCCACUCCGGGCUCUGCUUUAAAACAGAGAGGGAGGACGCCAGAGAGGCUCCUCUGUCAGAAUCAGACUUUGACUGUGAACAUUGUAAUAUUGUCGCUUUAUAUUAUUCGCCUUUGAAACUGGAACUUUGAGGCAAUAAGAGGAGCAUAAAAAGCUUUAGGACGGGGGUUCGGGCUGUAGUUAAAACGGGGUGUAGAGGACGCUGCCUCCCCCACCCCCACCCUGAGUCCAGCAGUGCUUCAUGGAUCUAAUCAUUGUCAUCAGCAGGGAGGCCAAAGGAACUGAUAAUCCAGUUGGAUCAAAUUGGGUUCAGCAGCCAAAUCAUAAUAAGUCAACAGGCUUUAUAGAGUCCCAGAUCCAACCCCCUGCUUUAGAAUGUGUGGUUUCCAUCUUAGUUUUUGUAUAUUUCUACAGUAUUUGUACUAGUUGUAGUGUUGUUCUUGGCCACCUCUCGUUUUUAUUAUGGGUGUCUCCGUGGGGCCACAUUGAAACAUUUUUGCCAGAAACAUUCCCGCCGCGGUCAAGUUCAGGAAGGAUACGCUUCCCAAAUAAUAGCCUCCUUUCUACCUUCAAAUGACCCGAGUCAUUCCAUUCAGAAAACGCAGGCAAUAAACCGCAAUUCUACGAAAUUAAAUAUGUGAACCCUUUCCACAAUACAGUAGUCUCCGUCUUUCCCCUCGGCCUCAGCCGACCUUGGCUCUUCCAGAAGGAAUCGGUCAAAUCAUCGCUGCAAAAACUGCAGCGCUGAAGUGGAGUGAUGUUUGUCCAGGAAGAAUGUCAUUUUACUGACUGCAGCGCGGUGCCAGACGAAUCAUCUAGACCUACGGGGAAUGUCUUUGAUACCAUGCCUCGCUUCAUAACUUCAUUCACAGCUGUGUUUGGAGCUACCGUUCACACCGAAUGUUAGCGAUAGUAUUGAUUUUAAAGCCUUAAUUCUAUAGCCUUAAUGCAUAUCUUGUUUUCAUUUAAUAAUUAUAUCAAGGAGUCUUCACCCAAUAUUAAAGGGGAACUACGCCCAUUUUCUAAUUCAUACAUGUUAUUCAUAUGGUCUAAGACAGUCCAAAAUAUAAGUAAACAUGAAAAACUCUCCCAAAUCCCCAAACCAGAGCGCUAAAACUCAAAUAUGUGAUGUCAUCAAGUAUAAAGUGUGGACCGCCCCGGGGAAUGAUCUGAGUAUAUGGGAACAUUUUCUGUUUCACAACUGACAACAAUACAAUAGAAUAAAGAUCAUUUGGGUAUAAAAAAAGA